CCAGUGAGGAGCUUGAACACCGAAUCUUAACAAUGAAAGUGUAACCCACUGAAAAUAACCAAAUUCAGGAUUUACUCAAUUUCAGUUUUUUUAGAUGUAGUGGCCACUUUAUGCCAGCAGGUGGCAGGUGGUAGCCCUGCAGCUAGAGAAAGGGUCAACCAGCGCUGUAGAGGAAGCAGAUACUAAAACGGAGCAAAACAGACCACAUGGAGUUCAUCAGCAAGAGAAACGAGUAAAUUGAAGGACUUUUCUGAACAACUUGUAUUUCAGGAAAAGUUACAAGGAGUACCGAGUUUGAGUUUUGUCAAGGAUUUAAAGGUUUUGUUUCCUAUUCUCCGGUUGGUUUUUAUUCACCCUGACAAAUUGAGGGAAAGAAGCUGAGUUUAUUGUGCAAAUCGCCGAUGGACAUACCGACGGACAAAGGGCGUGCCACAGACGAACUGAGAGUACAUGGCAGGUGUGAAGAGGAUUGCUUUGCUGAUUAGGACGACGAGGACUUCAAUCUACAUUCUUCUGUUCAUCAUACAGAUAAGCACUGAAUAAUUGUCGCACUGCAGCAAAAGGAAAAAACACACUACCCGGGUAGAUGAACUCCGGUUUUAUUUUAUUUAGUUUGUUAUUUUGUCAGAGCUCUGAUAUUAUUUUAUUUCUUAUUUCAUUCUCUUUCCAAACUGAACUGAUGGAGAGGUCAGGAAAAAUCUGAGUUUCACAAUUUAAAGGACAACAUAAACUGAAAGGAAAGAACAAUUGAACUCUGGGUCCUAACGAACUGAAUCCUAUUGGACUGAGAAAGGUUUUGCUUCUUUUUGAAGUGUGGGGUAUCAUAAAGGUACACCAGAGGUAUUCAUCGUAUACUGCUAAGUGUUCCUGUUAAAUAAAGGCCGGCUAUAUGUUCUAAAAAAUUUGGGUAAGUGGUUAAAUGCUUUUCCUCUACACCUCCUUGAAAAGUGCCUAGGUUAAGAGAUUGUGGCGCUUCCUACUGUGUACACAAACAAAAAGAAAAGUGCUACAAAAGCAAAUCAAAUAUCAGAGGAAGAACAACGCCACCUGGUGGCCACAUUAACACAGUGCGUCAGGGUGGAGUGACUGAACGGAAACAAAAGUUAGAACUAAAAAUAAAGCACAAACUUGUAGAAAAGAUUACUACACAUUAAUCUCAUUCUGAUUCCCCUCAUCAUGCUCUCUGCUCAUAAACAUGUAAACAACAACAGUGUUUACUCAGUGAGCCGCGAGUUCACGACACAGGACGGACUGAAAAAAAAAACGUCAAUAAAACUUAGAAUAAUGAUCAAAACAAUACAAAACAGCUGGACAACAUAAUAUACAAUAGUGAACAACAUGCAGCAGAGACUCACCAUAAAUGACUAAAUCUAACAAGAAAACAACACGACAUCACAGCAGCUCCUUCUGCCACAACUUCUCCUCAGAACAAAAAAAAAAACUUCCCCUCAGAACAACUCUGAAGGUUUAUUCCAGACUGACAUCCUCUGAAGACACAGGAUCACACGCAUGCGCAGUAGAUCAGGAAGUUAAUGAAUCGAAAGACUGUUAUUUCUGUCUACUGCUCAGACUCAUCACCUCUACACAACAUAAUCAACAACAAAAUAAGGAUAUAUUAACUGCUGUGACAGCUACAAAUGUACUGUAACAAUUGUAUAGGUCUUUGUCUAUUUUUUCCUUGAGAAAGGCCACAUUUUAUAUACAUCACUGUCUCUGCUGCUGCUCUAUAGUACCUCAGUAUCCACUCCUCAUGACAUUUAUAUCGUAUAAUUGUAUAUAGAGACUGUUUGCACUACCUUUAAGUUUUUUCAAGACUUUUAUGUUGCAUCUUCUUGUUUGCACUGACAAGGAGAAGCUCUCCAAUCUCAUUGUACACUGUAUAAUGACAAUAAAGCACAUUGUAUUUUAAAGUUGUCACAGUUUUACCAGUCAUUAGGGUGCAGUUUUGUGUUUACAUCACAAGGGAGAGUGUGGCGGGUUGGUGGUUGUAUUGUGGUCGAGCUCCACAUCCAGCAGCCCGCUGAGAACACACCUUCUCUGAAUUGUUAACUUACCUGAGGUCUGUAACACUGGUGUAUUUCCUUUGAAUCAGUGUUUUCUCUGUAUUUAUCUCGUCUGAGAGGUUUGGUCUAGUGCUGGGCGAUAAACCGAAAAUUUAUCGUUAUCGUGAAUUACAACGAUGACCGACGUCAUUUUGUCCAUGACGGUAAAUACGAUAAUUUAAAGAAAAAGAAACAAAUGUCAAUGUUAUGUUUUGACUUGCGCCAAUAAAUUAUGCUCAUUCCCCUUUAAGACUCCGCAACCGAGCACUAAGUGACGUCAGUGCGCUACCCACGCAGGUGACUCGCUCACCCAGUCUGAAGAAGAGGGGAGUCACGUUGUGGUAAUGGCAUUGGCUGACAAUUCGAACACUGAAGCGGCUGAUACAGCCGGAGACGUCGCGUUUGUCGAGGUGAAUCCACCGGAACUUGUACCAAAAAGAAAUUCUACAUCUGUAAUUUGGAAAUAUUUUGGUUUCUACAAAGAAGACAUUGAACAAAAGAACACGAAAUGCAAAGUGUGUUUAAAAACGAUCGUAACCAACCAAGGCAACACGACGAACCUUUUCCAUCACCUACAGCACAAUCAUGCCGUUGAGUUUGAAGAUGUGCAAAAAGCUCAAAGCGAGAAACAUGGCUCGAGUUCGAGGCUUUCUACCCCACGACAGCAGCGCAUAACGGAGGCAUUUGCGGGUGUGACACCGUAUGAAAGAACGUCGAAGAGGUGGGUUGAAAUGACAAACGCCAUUGGCUACCACAUAGCUAAAGAUAUGGCCCCCAUAGCUACUGUGGAGCGCACAGGGUUUAAGCGUUUAAUGAAUACUGCCGACAAGAGGUACGCCAUACCAUCGCGAAAAUACUUUUCACAAACUGUGCUCCCCAACAUGUUUAAAACCGAGAGGGAGAAGGUCGCUGCCGAACUAAAACAUUUGAAGCAUUUUGCUGCAACAUCCGACCUGUGGUCAAGUCGCACCAUGGAGCCCUAUUUGAGCUUGACGGUGCAUUUCAUUGACGAGUGGCAACUGCGCACCAGAGUGCUCGAAACGGCGUAUUUUCCCACUGAGCACACAGGAGAGAUGAUAGCUCAAGGCCUGACAUCGAUGCUCUCGUCAUGGGACCUCAAAGAAGAAAACCUCGUGGCUAUCACAACAGACAAUGGUGCUAACGUUGUCAAAGCUGCAGAGCUCAACCAUUGGAUGCGGGUGCAGUGCUUUGGGCACAGGCUCCACUUGGCAAUCGGUAAGUAUGCACAUUUAUGGUUAUGUUUUCAUGGCAACUCGACUGACUGCUUGCACUGUUAUAAAAUAAACAGAACCUAUUGUACUGUGUGAUUGACAAAUGUGAGUGAAUAACUGUACAAUCUAAGUAAAAAAAGUAGUGGUGAAAAGAACAGUAAGAAAAAAACCUAUGUACGUUUUGUGAUGGAUAUUUGUACUUUUAUUUCAUUACACGUUUCAGUAUUUUGCCACUCCACGAUUUUUUUUAUUUGCAGCAAAGUUAAAGUAUUAUCUCUCCAAAUUUACUUUAAAAAUGAACAUUUUGUCCAAUAUCUGGUUUAGUCCUGGUUUAAUCUUAGUAAAGUUUUUGUUAAGUUUAGUUUCAGUCCUAGUUUAAUAACAAAAACCUGAGUGGAAUAUUUUUACUUACAAAGUACUUUUGUGACUACUAAUGUACUUUUACUUGAGUUAACUUUUUUAAACUUUACUUUUGUAAGAAUUACAUUUUGAUGACUGGAUGCAAAACCUCCUAGCUGCAUUUUUAUUUUUAUUUUUUUUACUUUAAUUUUACACCUUAAAAUGUUAGAUUUGGACUUGUUCUCACUAUUUAAGGUGUAAACUCAAAAUUGAAAAUGAUGGAUGUGUUUUAUUCCUGCCAUCAAUUUGUUGCUUUAGUAUCAUAAUUUCUUAUACUUAAGGAAGAAAAGUACUUUUUUUUUUUUUACCACCACUGUUGCUAUCUCUUUCUCCUUAUCUAAUUGUACAGAGUUGACCAUAUGAAAAUACUAAAUGACUGAUUAUUCGCACUGUACUUAAGAGCUAAAUAAUGUGUGUGUCUGUUUCAGAAAAUGCGCUGAAAAAACAACCUGCUGUGGAUCGGGCCGUAAAGGUCUGUAAGAAGAUUGUCAGCUCCUUCUCCUACAGUUGGAAGAAGAAGAAGGCUCUACACAAGGCACAGAUUGAAUUAAACCUGCCCCAACACAACCUUAAAACAUCAUGCCCCACCAGAUGGGGAUCAAUGCACUUGAUGACAGCAAGGCUACUUGAACAAAAGAAAGCCAUCACACAGGUCCUCUCUGAUGACAGAGCAUCAAGGCAUCUGAUACCAAAAUGGUCUGACCUGGAUGUGUUGGAAGCUAUGAACAAAGCUCUGGCUCCUCUGGUGGAGUUCACAGAUGCCCUGUCAGGUGAAGAGUAUGUGACAAUUUCAUCCGUGAAGCCUGUAUUACACAUCCUCCAUUCACGAGUGUUGGCUGAGGAAGAUGACGAUGUGGAGCUAACGAAAGUUAUCAAGUCUGACAUCAUUUCAUACCUUGAUGACAAGUUUUCAGAUCCCACCACUGAGGAGUUUUUGGACAUGGCCAGUUUUGUUGAUCCCAGAUUCAAAGCAUCCUACAUUUCUGCACACCAUGUCCCCACCAUUCAGGAAAAUAUUAAGAAAGAGAUGGAGUCAGCAGCUUUAGACCACACAGGACAAACCAGAGGCAGCACUGCAGCUGAACAUCAGCAUUCUUCAUUUCCAUCUUCUGAAGCAAAGAAGCCAAAGAAGUCACUGGGCAGUUUUUUCAAAAGAAGCGAAGCUACCUCUUCAACUGCACCUGCUGUGUCAAUUCAGCAAGCUGUAGAAGCAGAGCUGAGUAGCUACUUGGUGUCCCCUUUGCAGGAUAGUGAGGAAAAUCCUCUUGAUUGGUGGAGACAGCAUCAUGCCCACUUUCCCACUCUGAGCAAAGUGGCAAAAAAGUACCUUUGUGUACCAGCCACUAGUUCCCCAUCUGAGCGGGUUUUCAGCUCUGGAGGUAAUGUUGUUACAUGCCUCCGAUCCUGCUUGAAGCCAGAAAUGGUUAACAUGCUGGUGUUUCUAAGUAAAAACCUAGACUAAACCCUUAUCUGUGGAAACAAUGAUUAGAUGGAACAGCAAUCUUGAGUUAGAUUGACAUCUAUAGUUGUGAAAACAAGAUACCAAUCUCAUUUUGCUUUUAAUCAUCAGUGUGUUACACUGACAUUUUUGCACAUUUGUUGUUGCACUGGUUAUAAAGUUUGUUUACAAUAUGUAAAAUGUCUACCUCAUAUGGCACGGACUGCUUAGCUGCAAUUGUUUACGUGUUGUAUUGAAAUGUUAAUAUUUAUUCUAUAUUAUAUUAUUAUUAUUUUGUUGUUAUAAUUUUAUUUUCAAGCCAGUCCACCAUGCCUUUUUUGUACUUGGCAAUAGUUAAAUUUGUUUACUUUACAAGGGAUAUUACCUGAACAAAGACCUUACUGCUCUUGUGCCUUUACGUAUGCCUUUGCUCAAAAAUGUUUACAAGAGGUAAAUGAACCUUCACCUGUUUCAUGUAAGCUAAUUGUAGCAAUAUCCAGUCUGCUGAUACUUUUUCAAGUGCACUGUUUAAGCUGGUUUUACUUUUGAUCAUCAGCUUUACACUGAUCUUUUUGCACAUUGGCAGUUGGACUAGUUAAAAUGUUUGUUUAAAAAAUGUUUAUUGUUGUCUACCUCUCACAUGGCAGUGCUUUUUCUG